AUGUCUUUAGAAAAAGCCAAGCAAGUGGCUGCAUACCGGGCAGUGGAUGAAUUUGUAAAAGGUCACUGUGUUUUUGGAGUUGGAAGCGGUUCAACUGUUGUAUACGCGGUACAACGACUAGCUGAGAGAGUAGAAACAGAAAACUUGAAGGUAAUCUGUAUACCAACCUCUUUCCAAGCAAAACAAUUGAUUAUAAAAUAUAAUUUAACUCUUGGAGAGUUGGAAACUCACCCAAACAUAGAUGUAACAAUAGAUGGGGCGGAUGAAGUAGAUUCCAAUAUGACAUUGAUAAAAGGUGGAGGAGGGUGCUUACUACAAGAAAAAAUUGUUGCAUCCUGCUCAAAGAAAAUGAUAGUAAUAGCAGACUACACUAAAGAUUCUAAAAAACUUGGUGAUAGGUAUAAAAAAGGAAUUCCUAUUGAAGUUAUUCCUAUGGCUUAUGUUCCUAUUAAAAAUAAGGUUGUGGCUAUGUUUGGUGGUGAGAUAAAGCUACGCAGUGCAAUAGCUAAAGCAGGGCCUGUUGUUACGGACAAUGGCAAUUUCAUCUUAGAUUGGAUGUUUACAAAUCAAGAUUUAGAUUGGGAAAAAACAAGCAACAUCAUAAAGUUGAUGCCUGGUGUUGUUGAAAUUGGUUUAUUUGUUAAGAUGUGUGAAAAAGCAUAUUUUGGCCAAGCAGAAGGCACUGUUAUAGAAAGAUCUGUUUAG